AUGGGUCAAGGUGAAGACCGAGAGGUGAGAGUGAAGACGGAGGUGAGAGUGAAGACCGAGGUGAGAGUGAAGACCGAGGUGAGAGUGAAGACCGAGGUGAGAGUGAAGCCGGAGGUGAGAGUGAAGACGGAGGUGAGAGUGAAGCCGGAGGUGAGAGUGAAGACGGAGGUGAAAGUGAAGACCGAGGUGAGAGUGAAGACCGAGGUGAGAGUGAAGACGGAGGUGAGAGUGAAGGCCGAGGUGAGAGUGAAGACCGAGGUGAGAGUGAAGACCGAGGUGAGAGUGAAGACGGAGGUGAGAGUGAAGACCGAGGUGAGAGUGAAGACGGAGGUGAGAGUGAAGCCGGAGGUGAGAGUGAAGACCGAGGUGAGAGUGAAGACCGAGGUGAGAGUGAAGACCGAGGUGAGAGUGAAGACCGAGGUGAGAGUGAAGACCGAGGUGAGAGUGAAGACGGAGGUGAGAGUGCAGACGGAGGUGAGAGUGAAGACCCAGGUGAGAGUGAAGACGGAGGUGAGAGUGAAGACGGAGGUGAGAGUGAAGACCGAGGUGAGAGUGAAGCCGGAGGUGAGAGUGAAGACCGAGGUGAGAGUGAAGCCGGAGGUGAGAGUGAAGCCGGAGGUGAGAGUGAAGCCGGAGGUGAGAGUGAAGACGGAGGUGAGAGUGAAGACCGAGGUGAGAGUGAAGACGGAGGUGAGAGUGAAGACCGAGGUGAGAGUGAAGACGGAGGUGAGAGUGAAGACGGAGGUGAGAGUGAAGACCGAGGUGAGAGUGAAGACGGAGGUGAGAGUGAAGACGGAGGUGAGAGUGAAGACCGAGGUGAGAGUGAAGACCGAGGUGAGAGUGAAGACCGAGGUGAGAGUGAAGACCGAGGUGAGAGUGAAGCCGGAGGUGAGAGUGAAGACCGAGAGGUGA